CUUGACUGGUACUUUACGAGUGGAGGCUGGCUUGACCGCAGUGAAACUUCGCUGGUAAACGUAACAGGAAACAACCGUAUCACGGCUCGAUGCCACAAAAAUAACGUCAAGACAAAACAUUGAGCGCGUCGAUGUGGAGGACAUUUUGGCAAGUGUAGAAGCAUCAUGCUGUGGGGGUGUUUUUCAGCUGCAAGGACAGGAUGACUGGUUGCAAUCGAAGGAAAGAUGAAUGCAGCAAACUACAGGGAUAUCCUGGACGGAAACCUCCUCCAGAGUGCUCAGGACCUCAGACUGGGCCGCAGGUUCUCCUUCCAACAAGACAAUGACCUGAAACACACAGCUAAAAUAACAAAGGAGUGGCUUCAGAACAACUUCAUGACUGUUCUUGAAUGGCCCAGCCAGAGUCCUGACUGAAACCCAAUUGAGCAUCUCUGGGGAGACCUGAAAAUGGCUGUCCACCAACGUUCACCAUUCAACCUGACAGAACUGGAGAGGAUCUGCAAGGAGGAAUAGCAGAGGAUCCCCAAAUCCAGGUGCGAAAAACUUGUUGCAUCAUUCCCCAAAAGACUCAUGGCUGUAUUAGCUCAAAAGGGGGCUUCUACUAAAUAGCAAGGGGUCUGAAUACUAAUGGCUGUGUUAUAUUUCAGUUUUUCUUUUUUAAUAAAUCUGCAAAAAUUUUUAACUAUUCAAUUUUUUUCUGUCAAUAUGGGGUGCUGUAUGUACAUUUAAUGAGGAAAAAAAUUAACUUAAAUGAUUUUAACAAAUGGCUCCAAUAUAACAAAGAGUGACACAUUUAAGGGGGUCUUAAUACUUUCCGUACCCACUGUACAUGAACAAUACACGAUUAUAUGGUACAGUAGAUGUUUUUCUAUCACGCAACUUUCGUUUUGCUUAGAAGCAACAUCAUUGGCCAGCAGCUUUGUAUAGGGUGUUGCUUGAUGAGCACACCUGCUUUGAUGGACUUGUUUAAUAUAGUUCCUCUUCUUUUGUCAAUCACCUCACCCAGUAAUGUUGUGUAACUUGUGGUCUCUUAUUCUGAGUUAAUGUAUGAACAAUUAGGUGCUGUACAACCGGUCUUAAAAAGUUGCAGCUUGAAUAAUCGACAUGCUUUUUUGUGGAGUCGCAGCCCUUGUGUGGAUGUGGUUUUCUGCCUCUUUUUUUUGUUCACGCCACACCACCACACCAACCCGAAACGUUACACUGUAUAAUAUAAAACUAAGCUGUUGAUGUUCCAUUUGGAAGUAUCUUUCUACUUAAGGAUUAUUUUGUCCCUUUUUUGUCGAAAAUAAAACUGAUCUUUUUCACCUGAUACCGAUCAGAUAGAAAUUCCAUGAUCAGCUAAAAAAGAAAUAAAAAACUAUUUUGCUGCCAUCUUUUGACAUCUCUAAACUUUACAAACCUUUAUAUUUGGGCAGAUUUUUGCAAUCCGCAGCAGGGCUUAGUCCCUAUCCCCUGCGAGUAGUGGAGGUUCACUGUACAUUGCAACCAUAGGAAUGGAAUUCCGUUGUAAAUUGAAAAUUCCUGUGCAAUAAAUUCUUUGUCUUCAGCAUGUUCCCGAGUAUACUUGUUCAGUUCAGCCUCCUGUGUGGUAUUUGGGCUUUGGUUACUGGAAGCGCUGCAUGCCAGCAGCGUCCUCCGCCACUGCUGCUUGUAUCGUUUGACGGCUUCCGAGCAGACUAUCUGCAGAGGUUCCCUAUGCCUAACCUGACACUGCUGUACAGUCAAGGGGUCCUGGUGGAGGAGCUCACCAAUGUCUUCAUCACAAAGACCUUUCCCAAUCACUACAGCCUGGUGACGGGACUCUAUGCAGAGUCUCACGGUAUCCUUGCCAGCUCAAUGUACGACCCCAUCAGGCACAAGCACUUCCACGUGAGCAAUCGCAGCGACGCAAUGUGGUGGAAUGAGGCGACACCUAUCUGGAUCUCAGCACAUCAAGCAGGCUACAAGACGGCGGUCGCCAUGUGGCCUGGCUCCGACGUGGCUAUCCACAAUCAAACGCCAACGCACUUCUUCCCUUACAGCCCCGAUGUGACCUUCCGGGAACGGUUGGGCAAUGUCACAAACUGGUUGCUGGGAAGUGAGAAGGAGGAAGGAGUGAUGUUCGCAGCUCUCUAUUGGGAGGAGCCUGACCGAUCAGGACAUCUAUUUGGACCUGAAAAUACUUCAGCCAUUGGCAAAGUGCUGAAGGAAGUUGAUGACAACAUUGGCCUGCUGAAGUCUGAACUGAAGCGGACCGGCCUGUGGGGUCGCGUGAACGUCCUGGUGACCAGUGACCACGGCAUGGCUCAGUGCUCGGCCGAUCGUCUCAUACGACUGGAUGACUGCUUGCACCCCGACAACUACACAGUGGUGGACCUUACUCCUGUUGCCGCCCUCAUCCCAAACAAUAAGCCAGAGGCUGUCUUUGCCCUGCUUGACAAGUGCCAUACCCACAUGACUGCCUAUUUAAAGGAGGCCAUCCCAGAUAGUUUGCACUACCGCAACAAUGAACGCAUCCAACCCAUCAUACUGAUUGCUGAUGAGGGAUGGACUAUAAUACAGCGAGGGAACAAACUGCCGAGACUGGGUGAUCACGGCUACGACAACUCCUUACCCAGCAUGCACCCCUUCAUGGCAGCUUGGGGGCCCAGCUUCCGGGGUGGCUACCGACUGAAGAGUUUGCAGAGCGUGGACCUUUACCCACUCAUGUGCCACCUGCUAGCUUUGGCCCCGCAGCCCAACAAUGGUACCCUGGCCAAGGCUCGGUGUAUGCUCGUGGGUGAAUGCUGGCAGGAUGGGCUGGCGCUCAUCGGUCUGGUGUUGGGUAUCUUAAUUGUGUUCGCUACUAUACCUGUUCUGUUGAAGCUGAUGGUACGCCGGCUACGGCCUUCCACUUCCUCAGCGUUCCGCAGACUUCAAGUUGACCACGGCAAUGAUGAGGAGGAAUCGCUGCUGGAGUAAUAUCUCUCAAGCUUUGCCUGCUCAUGCACUUUACCCACUGAGGUGGAAGAAGCAAACACAUUUAGAGCAACUGACUGUUACUUACACUGUUACUUAAAAGGCUGGUUGAGGAGAUGUCAAAUCAAGGCGUUAAACCUGUAUGGCAGACACUUUGACUGUGGAGUAGAAGGCCGAUUCAAACCAGUUAGUCUUCAUAUUCAAGAUUCAGCUGUUUUUGUUUCCUUUUCCUUAAGCCAAACCCAAUUAUUACCCUACCCAAGUAAAACAAACAAACCAAAAAUCAUGGCAAACAGGCUUCCAAGAUUCAGGGUGCAAAGACAACACACAGAAUGAUGGGGUAAUCAAUCAUCUAAAAAAAAACUUUGUUUUUGAUUAAUAGAAUCAUGCAAAAGUUUUUUGUUUUUUUGGUAAGGUUCAUUUUUAAUUCAGCUCUAGUUCUAUUUUAUUUAUGUAUUUGUCGUGCAACUUUUAGUCAGCAGUGGGGGUCAAUAGCUCAAUUGUGCAAUCAUUACGGCAGCUCUUCUCCAACCUUUCACAACAGUACCACAUAAUAAAAUUCUGAGUGCUCCAAUUACCACCACCAUGACCAAAAUUACAAUAUGGUAGUGUAGUAGGUGUAAGUGUUCACGAAAAUUAUAUUGAAAGGCCAUAUGACAUCAUGUACAGUUUAAACUUUAACAAUGUGCCUAAAUAUAGGAAAAUUGUUCUAAAACGUUAAGUACAACUGCAAUAAGAUAUUGCAUGGACGCUUGAAAUUAUUUGAUGUGGUAAUUCAUACAAUAAUGAAAUGACCGUGGUAUGUGUUACACAAUUCCGUCCAAUAAGAAGCUGUAGUACACAGAAGUGCCCCCAAUUGAAGAGGUCAAAUUGCUGAUUUGAGGAGAGUUAUUUUCUAUGCAAAACCACAGUGAAAUAGUUUUCUCAGGGAUCUAAUCUAGGUACAGAUGAUACCAAAGUGCAAUCAGCUGGGGAAAAAAAUACUUCGGUCCUUGUGUUGCAGUGGAUUUGUUUUCAAUGUUUUUUUUAAGUUGGAAUAUCACUUUGCUUUCUGUUCUGUAGUAUUUGUGCCAUCCUUGAAGAACUGUUCGACACAACAAAUGACAUUACUUUCGAGUGGUCUUCCAAGAUUGCCAUCCUCAACAGUAGGCAUUGAGUGAGCAUGAUGGUGGGAUAUGGUGGUUUGUCAAAUAUGCCAGCUUUGAAUGUGUGUCUGGCCUUCUCUGAUGUUGAAGUUUGUCUUUUGUCUAAUAUUAAGCUACAUGUUUUACACGUUGUUUGAGAUCCAUUUUUUUUUUUUUUUUUUUUGGCACGUUGGUAGGCAUUUUCAGGCCUGUAAGAGAUUCUAUUGAUGACAUGAGAUUGUUAUUGUCAAUAAACUCCCUGGGAUUUUU